UGCACAUACACCUGGGGGAGGAAGAGGAGGAGGAGGAGGAGCUUCCUCACUCCUCCUCCUCCUGCUCUUCUCCUUCCUCCUCCUCCUCCUCCUCUUGCCCGGGACUCCCUCGCUCUCCUCUCCCUCUCAGCCUUUGCAAGCCCCGCUCUGCCUGUGCCUGCUCUUCUCCUUCUCCUCCUUCCUCUCCCUCGCCAUGCCCAAGAAGAAGCCCCUUCCCAUCCAGCUCAACCCGGCGCCCGACGGAUCCGCUCACAAUGGGACCAGCGCGGCCGAGACAAAUCUGGAAGCCCUGCAGAAGAAGCUGGAGGAACUGGAGCUGGACGAGCAGCAACGAAAACGCCUGGAGGCCUUUCUGACCCAGAAGCAGAAAGUCGGGGAGCUGAAGGAUGAUGACUUUGAGAAGAUCAGCGAACUGGGAGCUGGAAAUGGCGGUGUGGUCUUCAAGGUCUCCCACAAGCCCUCGGGCCUCAUCAUGGCCAGGAAGCUGAUCCACCUGGAGAUCAAGCCGGCCAUUCGGAAUCAGAUCAUCCGGGAACUGCAAGUCUUGCACGAAUGCAAUUCUCCUUAUAUUGUGGGCUUCUACGGAGCAUUCUACAGCGAUGGGGAGAUCAGUAUUUGCAUGGAGAACAUGGAUGGCGGCUCCUUGGACCAAGUCCUGAAAAAGGCCGGCAGGAUACCGGAGAAGAUUCUCGGCAAAGUCAGCAUCGCGGUGAUAAAAGGCCUGACAUACCUGAGAGAGAAGCAUAAGAUAAUGCAUCGAGAUGUGAAGCCAUCCAACAUUUUGGUCAACUCCAGAGGGGAGAUCAAGCUGUGUGAUUUCGGGGUCAGUGGGCAGCUGAUCGACUCCAUGGCCAACUCCUUCGUGGGGACGCGGUCCUACAUGUCCCCCGAGCGGCUCCAAGGGACGCACUACUCAGUGCAGUCGGACAUCUGGAGCAUGGGCCUCUCCCUGGUGGAGAUGGCCAUUGGCCGGUAUCCCAUCCCGCCGCCGGACGCCAAGGAGUUGCAGCUCAUGUUUGGGGAGCCCGUCUGUGAGACCUCGCCGAGGCAGCGGCCCCCUGGGCGGCCCCUGAGUGCUUACAACUCGGACAGCCGGCCUCCGAUGGCCAUCUUUGAACUCCUAGACUAUAUCGUCAAUGAGCCACCUCCGAAGCUUCCCACUGGAGUCUUCAGCCCAGACUUCCAGGACUUUGUGAACAAGUGCUUGAUCAAGAAUCCUGCAGAAAGAGCUGACCUCAAGCAGUUGAUGGUCCACGCGUUCAUCAAGCACUCCGAGGCGGACGAGGUGGACUUUGCGGGAUGGCUGUGCGCCACUAUCGGCCUCAACCAGCCCAGUACCCCAACCCACGUUGGCGGCGGCGUCUGACUCUCGAAUUGGGGUGAAUUGAGGAUCUUCAAUUCCAAGGGGAGCUCAAUGGAGUGCUCCUUCCUCCUCCUCCUCCUCCAAGAUGGAAACCCACCGGGGUGGUCGCUUGGUGGAUUGCCACCUGCCACCACUGCCUCCUCCUCCUAUAGCCAUUUCAACCAACACAAUCUUGGCCCCAUCUUCUCAGAGCUUUUCUCCGCUUGGCGGGCAACGAUGUGUAUUUCCACCACAAAAUAUUGCCCUACUUCACAUGUGCCAAAUUAUUUCCUCCCUGUGUCGCCUCUUCCUUCCUUCCUUUUUUCCCCAAGGGUCCUUAAUUAAUAUGUUUCUAAUUGACAACUUGUUUGCCAACUGACCAAACACGCGAUGCUUCAAAGCGAACAAGAGCAUCCUUUCCAAAUGCGAAGUGCGUCCUCAUCUCCACCUCAAUUGUUGUCGACCGCUUUUCUUUUCUUGUAACUUGAUGGUCCUUUCUCAGUCUUGCCUAUCCAAGUCUCUCAGGUUAAAUCAUUAGGGAAGGCCGCUCCCAAAGAAGUUUGAGCAUGAUCUGCUCCAAAGCUGAGAUCGAAGUAACUCUCCUGACUUUUGCAUAAAGACUUCUAAAUUGGUAUGGGACGGGUCAAGAUCUUCAACCACAGAUGAUACUCCUAUUUAUUCAUAAAGUCUCUUGUUGAAAAGGUGGGGACGACACUGCCCGACUCCCUGAUUGUUUUGUAUUCUAAGGACAGGCGGCGAUAAGACUAAUGCUCUCAGCCAAAAGAAGGAAAUGCACUGAAAUCCUCCUCCUCCUCCUCCAAAGACCAGCCAACUUUUGCUUACGAAGAAAAACUGCAUAGACGUUUGUGUUUGGAAAAUCCUUUUUAAUCAUUUCAUUCUGUCAGAUGUUCCGCAGUUCAAUCCUACACUAAUAAAUAGAUCAUGGUGUUACUCA